AUGGAAAAGCUGUUGACUCCAUCGAAUUUCAAACCAACUGCAGUUUUUGGUGAACCUCAAAGCUCAUUCUUUGGUCGCAAAGUUCAUAGGACUGACAACAAAAUGACCAUGAUUUCCUUUUACCCUAAUGAAUAUUUGAUGUCAAUAAGUGGGACAGUUGGUAGUGUACAUUUAUAUGGUUUAGUAGUAAAGUCGAUAUGCUUUAAGACGAAUCUGGACCUUUAUGGCCCGUAUGGCACUGAUGAUGACACUGCUUUCUCAUAUGAUGUCAAAGACGAGGUGAUUGUCGGAUUCCAUGGGUUGACAAACAGUUAUUACCUCAAUGCUAUUGGGGUUUAUGCGAUACACAAAUCACCCGCAUCACCUCCAACUUCUACAUAUGAAGGCAAAAUAAAGAAUGGGGUUCAUUCUCUUUUAUGCUGCAGCCUGCAAUUUGAAUAUCUGAAAUCGGAUGGUAAAUCUGUAAUGUCACAAAUCCAUGGAGGAACAGAUGGAGUUGAAAUACAUCUGGUUAAUUUGGAAGAUAAUGGUGAGUAUUUGACUGGAAUAUCUGGGUUAUGUGGGCCUGUUAAAGGGUUUGAUGGGUUGGAAGCUGUUUGGUGGAGACGCGUUGAAAUUAUGUCCGGAGGAAACAUUGACGAUGAAAAUGUUACUAAUAAGACAACCAAUGUGCUGUACUAG